UCCCCUCACAACGGUCCCUAUUGCCCUCCCCGAGCUGUAGCCCCGGUGGGGUGGGUCUCAGGGCCGGGGUCUUCGCCUCUCUUCUCUCCCUGCGCCCGCAGGGUGCCCCUGCCCCAGGUGGGGGGGGUCUCGGCUUUCCCUCUGCCGAAUCUGCCCCCCCCCCCCGCCUGGUGCGGUCUAGGGGCCCGGGAGCCAGCGGCACCGCGUUCCCGAGCGCCGGAGCAGGACCUCGGCCAUGGCCUGGGCCACCAGCGGCCCCAAGGAGCUCCCCCGGCGCCGCAGCGCCAGCCAGAUCUGCCCCCCGCCGCGGCGGCCCAGGACCCUGGCCGAAGUGCAGCCGGGCAGCGAGAACGAGCGGCUGGGGGUGGCCCGAGACAGCCUGGUGCAGAACCCGCUCAUAGCCAAGGCAGAACUAGGAAAACCUCGGAGAAGCUGCUACACUCUUCCAGGCUAUGACUUUGCAUAUGGGUUAUACCUUCAUGGGGCUGACGGAGGAGUACCUGAAGCGAUAGGUCACUGGCAUUCGAUGAAACCCAGGCCUCCUUCCCCAAGGGAGAUGCCACGGAAUUACAUUGCCAUGAACCGUGGGGCUCUUAAGGCUGGUUAUGUCACAGCACAUGAAUACAACCUGUACCGCCAGCUCAAAGACAUCCGCUGCAAUGAAGAUAACGAGAGUCGUUUUAAAAGAGCCCCCCCAAAAGUACCUCCAGAUAUGACCUAUGGAAUUCUAGCACGGCCUUCCACUCCCUUCUUCGACCUUCUCCAGCACAGGUACAAGGAGGUGUGGAUGGAGCAACAGAGGGCAAUAGCCAUGGCCCAGCAAGUGGGAAAAAAAAAGUUGCAGAAAAGGAAAGUCUAUGAAACUCGGACCACGCUUCUCAGAAAACAACCACCACCUGUGAAAUUGGAUUCCCUUUGGCACAUGCCCCACUUUCAGAAGGUUGGUCCUCAUCUCAGUACAUUUCCAGACCGUGACGCUCAUAAAAAGGCGUUCAGUGUCUACCGCUCAGAAAUACCUGUGAGAUGUGGUCUCCUUGCCCAGGGCAUAUAUACAGCUGCCUGAAAGCUCCACAGAAGUCAAUUUCUGAACAAUGUAACAUGUUAGAAUACUAUGUUAGCAAUAUAAGAUAGAUUUUUAUUCUAGUGUACAAUUAUUUUUUCAAGUUUAGAAAGGCUAUAUUCAUGUUGAUGUAACUGAAUAAAUCAGAAAUUUUACCAGUUUCUGGUUUCCAUAUACAUUUCUUCAUUAGGAGCAUAAGCAAGCAUUUUAACCAAUCUUAUCUUAUCAAAUAAGGACAUAAGAAUGGCCCUACUGGGUCAGAUCAAAGGUCCAUCUAGCCUAGUAGCCUGUCUUCUGA